AACACGCACGUGCCACACACUUCAUUCGGCGACAGGUGGCGGUAAUGCGCUCAUGUGUCAACGAUCCGCCGUGAAACAACAAGAAGACAUUACCAGUCAGCUUUGGGUCUCCUGAGCAAUUCACCUACAGUUCAGCGUCUGAGCAGCAGUUCACCAAUAAAUGCUGGAAUAGUCCCAUUAGCCUAAAAGUGAAGAAGAUGAAGUUUGUGAAAGAAAACUGAAAACAUGAAUGAUCCAGAGCCCUGCGAAAUAAAACAGGAAGAUCUUGAACGACAAAUAGACCUGAUAGAAGAGAACAAGGAGAUUGAAGAACUCGUUGAAGCAGGGGAGAAACAUCAGGUCAAAACUGAAGAAACAUCCUGGAGUUCCCCAUUGAAAGAUGAGAAUAUAUGUUUCACUUGCCCUCAGUGUGGAAAGAGUUUCUCAUGCAAACAAAAUCUUGACCUUCACAUAAAAUUUCAUCGUGGAGGAAAGCCAUAUGCAUGUGAUGAGUGCGAGAAGAUUUUCACUAUAAAAGGAAACCUUAUUGAACACAUGAAAAUUCACAUUGCAGAGAAGCUACACAUCUGUGAUCAGUGUGGGAAGAGUUUCACACAAAAACAAAACCUUGAUGAACAUAAGAAAAUCCACACUCUGGAGAAGCCAUACACAUGUGAUCAAUGUGGGAAGAGUUUCCCAUUUAGAGGAAACCUUGAGGAACAUAUGAGGAUCCACACUGGAGAGAAGCCGCACAAAUGUGAUCAAUGUGAGAAGAGCUUUGCACAAAAAGGAAACCUUAAUGUACACAUGAAAAUCCACACUGCAGAGAAGCCAUACAUCUGUGAUAAGUGCGGGAAGAGUUUUGCACAAAAAGGAAACCUUAAUGAACACAUGAAAAUCCACACUGUAGAGAAGCCAUACACGUGUGAUCAGUGUGGGAAGAGUUUCCCACAAAAAGGAAACCUUAACGAACACAUGAAAGUCCACACUGGAGAGAAGCCAUUCGCAUGUGAUCAGUGCGGGAAGAGAUUCACACAUAAAGGUAACCUUAAUGAACACAUGAAAAUCCACACUGGGGAGAAGCCGUAUGCAUGUGAUCAGUGUGGGAAGUGUUUCGCACAUAAAACAAACCUUAAUGAACACAUGACAAUUCACACUGGAGAGAAACCUUACACAUGUGCUCAGUGUGGAAAGAGUUACGCAAGAAAAGGAUACCUUAAUGAUCACAUGAAAAUCCACACUGGAGAGAAUCUGCACAAGUGUGAUCAAUGUGGAAAGAGUUUCAGAAAAUCAGGCGUUUUUAAAGUACAUCUGCUUACUCAUUCUAGAGAAAGACUAUUUAACUGUGACCAGUGCGGUAAGAAGUUUUUUAGGGCAGAUUUCCUGAAGGACCACCUGAAAGUUCAUACUAAGGAGAGGCCUUAUGUAUGUUCUUUGUGUGGAAAGAGUUUUAGACAGAUUGGUAAUUUAAAAAUACACCAGAAAAGACACAGCGGUGUGAAGGAUCAUGUUUGCUCUGAGUGUGGGAAGACUUUUUUUACAGAUGGUGCACUGAAAGUGCACCAGACAGUUCACACCAGAGAAACACCCUAUAAGUGUUCACACUGUGACAAGAGCUUCAAACGGUCAGAAUAUCUGAAAAUACACGAGAGGAUCCACAGUGGAGAGAAGCCGUAUCACUGCCAUUCAUGUGGGAAGAGUUUCACUCAUUUUUCUUCUCUAAUCGGUCAUAAAAGAAAAUGCAUGUCUGAAAUUACAGCAAGUAGUUCGAGUUUUGAUCUGUAAGACUGCAUCAAACAACUGUAUUGAUUAAUCAAAGAUUAUUAGAACAAUAAUGAACUGACUUGAUUAUUUCAGAUGAAACUUUUUUGUUGUUUGUUUUAAUCAUUUUAUUAUUAUUAUGCAUUCGUCAUUCUAUGUUUUUAUAUUUUAUAUUAGUUAAUCUUUUAAAUAUUUUAUUUCUCAUGCAAUGCUCGCUAUUGUUGUUUAAUUGUAUGGUUGUAUGGUUUGUAAGAAAUAAAAGAAUGUCUUUGUGUCUAGGUUUUUUUUACCUUUGCAGGACUAUGUUGUGAAACAGUAUUUUUCCCUUGUUUUUGCUUUGAUUAUAAUAAGACUCAAUAAUCUGGUAUUUGUAUUAUCAUCACUUCGUCUUCUGCUUCUGCUCUUAUCUGUAUUUUAUUUGCACUAGAUCUGAUUUAUCGGUAGAAAGGGAAUACUAAUUUCUUUAAAUGUGCCCUAGAAUGCAUUGAUACAAUAUUUAAAAUUGUGCUCUGAUAUCUACAUAGAAAGUAUAUGGCUUAGGUAAGGGUAAAAAUAAAACCAGAAGUGGUUUUACAUGUGUAUUUACAACCCUAGGAUUUCUCCCUAGAAUGAAAUGAUCUGUUAUUGGCAUAUUUGGAAGGGUCAUGAAUAAUAAUGUUGAGCUCUGCUCUGAUUGGUUGUUUCACAGUGCAGCUCAUUUCAGUAGCUCACACAGCAGGAAGGAAACACAGGGAGGAAAAUAUAUAUUUCAAUACUUUCUCUCACAGUUAUAUUGUCUGGUAAUUAUACUGUAUAUGAAAAUGGGGGCAUCAGGGAGC